UGAUUAUUUUGUUGGUUCUGCGGUAAAAACACAGUGGUAAAGAAGUUGAAUUUCGUUCCAUCUCUGCCCGUCGCGUUGGCCUCAAUCAGCUCCUACAAUGGCUGAGCCGGGCCUACCUCCUGGCGACAGAGCCGUUGACGCUCAGAAAUGGACUGGUACAUCGUCUACACCCGCUCCUGCUCCAGCAAGUACCAUUGGUGCAACAAUUGGUGACCCUAGCUCCUUUGGAGGUCUAUCUGCAUUGCGUGGAACUGCUGAUCUGAACCUGUCUGGACUGUCGUUCUCGCCGGCUGCAUCAUCUACGUCCGGGUCGUCCCUGGGAACUAUUGGUCUAGCUGGUAGCACGGACGUUGGUGUCACUAGUUCACUGACUGCCAACACAGAUGCACUAACUGGUACAGCUACAGGCGCUACUGGUCUGCCUUCUGUGGCUGCUGGCAGCGUGGUAUCUUCUUCAAGUAUUACUAGCACAGGCGCAGGUCAAGUACCAGUAAAUUUCUCCAUUCCAGCAAUGCCCGGGCCAUCACCCGCCUUGCCCGGCGUAUCGUCACUGGCUGGCCCGACAUCGGCGUUUGCGACAAGUGGCAUUUCCACGCAGCAGCCGGCCACGAUGUCAAUGGCGCGAUCGGCCAGUCCUGAUCUGGCACGUGCUGCGCCUGUUCACAGUACCACCGGUAGUUACUUCAGCACAGCGCAUGCACCAGCAGCACUAGCAACAGCAACAACACAGCCAUUGCAAGGCGGUGUUGGCCAAGGUAGCGGCGCACACCGACACGUGCCGCUCAUUCCGGUUUCCACCGGCACGCAAGGCUUUCAGCCACUCACAGGCUUGGGGACUUCCCCAAUGCCACCGAUGACGACGUCAUCAAUGGUUGGAGUGCCGGCACCUCCAGUAUCAUCGUCGUUCGGUGCGCAUCAAGUACCGCAUGCGUUAGUCGCUCCACUACCAGUAGGCGCCGAGUCAGCAGUAGCAGCUGCAGGAGUGGAAGAAGCAUCUGAUCAAAUGCCAUUGCUAGCUGCACUGGAUCAGCCAGCAAAGAAACCGGCGCCACUGCAGCACUGGUUCUUCUGCAAGACUGGCGAGCCAUGGACACCGUUCUCUCUGUCGGAUUCCUCACGUCUUGAAGCUGCGUAUCAGUCAACCGACAGCAACGCUGGAUCGACGACGAAUGAUCUUAUUCCAACGGAUGGUGGACGUUAUGAUGUUGACUUAUCGUCUCGAUUACGCCACUCGGUGUUCUGGAAAGAAGAAGCGUCGGAAGUUCGCCGCUGCAUGUGGUUCUACAAGGACGAUGCGAGUGGACUGUUCAGUCCCUACAGCGAGACCUUGUCCGAACGCCUGGAGAGUGAAUAUCAGCAAGGCAUCAAGUAUAACGUGUGGCAGCGUAAGAUUGACCUGCCCGGCGGACAGCGCGUGGUGAUGCACAAUGCAGAGCUUGUGGUGGACUACGCCGCACCGCCAGCCCAGCCCAGCGUGCAGCAGUUAGCCGGCGUCGUGGAGCAGCGGCCGCGUGUUGUGCAGCGCGGUCUGGAUGAGACGGAUGAGCUGGAGGACGGCGAAUCCCUGGACGUCGGUCACCUAGUCUUCGUAGUCAACGGCAUUGCGGCCGGUGAUCGUCGUGAUAUUGUUGCUCACGUGGAUGACUUCCGUCAGUCGACGCAGUGCAUGCUGCACGAGCACUUCCCACUGCGCGCCGGUAAGCGUGUGGAGUUCCUGCCAGUACAGUGGAGCAGCAGCUUGCGUGGCGAUGACAUUGCGGUCGUGAAGGAAUUGGAAAGCACUAGCUUGCCUAAUUGCGGUCGACUUCGUAGCUACAGCAACUCUGCGUUCAUGGAUAUUAUGUUCUACUCCAGUCCUGCGUAUUGUCAGUCUAUCCUCAGCUCUGUUGCAAAUGAAAUGGAACGUGUGCUUGAGCUGUUCCAAGGUCGCAAUGCUGGCUUUACCGGUGAUGUUUCUGUUGUAGGUCACAGUUUAGGUGCGUGUAUCCUCUUUGAUCUGCUAUCACAUCAGGGCUCCGCAGAUCCCAAGCUACGCAUGAUGUCGCCGGCCUCGUCUGCUCGACCCUCCAUGCACUCGUCGCGUACCUCACUUCAUGCAGGAGGUGCCAGCAUUGGUGAAGAGGAUGAAGACCAGCAAGACGGCGCCGAGAGAGGAGAGGUUCAAAAGCCACCAGCGCUCACUAUUGAUGAGGUGCUGAGCAAAUUCGGCUUGCAGAGCUUUGCUGAGAAGUUUGCCGCCGAAAUGAUCGACAUCGAAAGCUUUAAACAGCUGGCCGGUGAUGACCUGAAAGAGAUUGGAAUUCCUAUGGGACCGCGCAAGAAGCUCAUGACUUUCUUGCGUGAGCACAUCCAGGCUGAAGAGGCAUAUCAGCGUCACUUGCUGGAUGUCCAGUCGCGCAAGACAAUAGCUGAAGCGGCACGCCGUGAGGCAGAGCGAGUGCGUACUGAGCAGGCUGCCGCUGAUGCGCAACGCGAAGCCGAACAGCAAGCAGCGGGUUUGAGACCUUUCACGUAUCGUUCAUCUGGUCCCGGCGUGGGGAAUGUGUUUGUCGACUACCCACAGCUGUCGUUUCUGCUGCGCUCUUUCUUUGCUGUGGGCUCACCAAUAGCCAUGUUCUGCUCAUUGCGGGGGAUCAAGCUAGGCCCCUCGUUUCAUCUUCCAACUUGCCCAACCUUCUUCAACAUAUUCCACCCGUAUGAUCCUAUGGCAUAUCGUGUAGAGCCCUUAGUGGACGCAGCCUUGCAGUUCCCACCAGUACAGGUGCCUCAUCACAAGGGACGCAAGCGAAUGCAUCUCGAGUUGCGUGAGAAUCUCGGUCGCGUUGGCGCUCAGCUGAAGAAAAACUUCAUGGAGAGUCUGCGCCAGACCUGGCAAGCUGUGCAGGAGUUUGCAGCGAGUCAUCGCGCAGGUGCUGAGAUUCAGCAGUCAGCAGCUGAGGACAUGGCAGAGCUGGAACGCGAGCGGCGCCAGGUGGAAGAGGAGCUCAGCAAGCAGGAACUGCCAUCCCCGACCGUUGAUGACCAAUUCCAGCUUCUAAACGUACCGCCCAUCGGCAUACUGAACAAUGGCGAGCGCAUGGACUACGUGCUGCAAGAGAGGCCGUUUGAAAGUUUCAACGAGUACAUGUUCUCCAUACAGAGUCAUUCCUCAUACUGGUCAAAUGAAGACACAGCUCUGCUGAUCCUUCGACAACUGUUCACAGGAGAAUCUGUGCCAAGCACACCAAGUGACACCAACAUCUUUCGCUGAGUAAACCAACAACAACAACAACCUUCUUGUCAGGAUGUUACUUGCUUGCUUCUGCGUAAUAGCUCUGCCUAGUUUUUACCUUUAGUUACGCUGUUUACUGUUUAGCUGGCAUGGGUAGCAGAUUCAAAUCCUCCAACUUGACACAAAAUUCAUACAGCUUUUAUCAUAUUUCUUACCUACUCUCAAUCUGUAGUGUGUAGGCGUGUAUAGUAGUGAACAUCAACUUCCUAGUUGCGUGACUGUAUAUAUUUUCAGUAAAAAAUGUCAAUAAUGAUUUCUGAUCCAUGAGCUUCUCAAGUGUCACAUUCGUACAAAACGAAAAUGAAAACAUGACAUGUUUACAAUUA